AUGGACUUUGAUGAUGAAUGUGCAGAUGAAGAGCUACAGGUGGCGGGAAAUGACCAUGAUGAUCACCGCAACAGGAAGAUGCAUCCAGGAGGAAGAGACGACGAUUCACUUCGAACUCCGGAAGCGGCUGAGAUGCUCGAAACGUGCGCCAAGGGAAAGAAGUGGUGUGCAACCCACAACAGAUUCUAUGAUUCGAUGAGUUACCAUGCCAAAAAGAACAAAGAGACCGAGAUAUUCAACCAAGUCAUGGGUGAUGCACUUGAAGCUGACCGAGCAUUCAAGCGAUUCAUGGACGACAAUCCUGAUCAAGGAAGGUGGUCCCGGAAGAAGUUCAUCGAGUGGAGCCAGUUCAAAAAGGAGCACUCUUUGUCAUUAGUUCACACUGACCGCCGUGGCGCGAAGCCGUUUGAGAAGAAAAAAUCAUCUAGCCGCGUUGAAACGUCCGCGGCAGAGAAGCAUUUGGGAGAUGAUGACCGGGAGUUGAUGCUGGACCAGGUCAUGAAGGGUGGCACGCCGAACGAUGUUGAUGAUCGGUUUUUCAGUGAGGCAGUAGGUCGAGAAGAAGCAGAAGGCAACAGCAAUACACCAGAAAAAUCCAAUGUGAAGCGUGAGCCAGAUGCUUCGCCUGAAAAAACCGAGACGCCAGAAGAAAAAAAAGAAAGCAAAGAUUGCAAAGCUAUCCAGUGGGGCCUCUUUGUGCAGUUUCCGAGUGUGAAAAUUCGAACAGAGAAGAUGCAACUUGCAGCUGACAAGAUCAAGGAAGCACAGGAAAAGCUAUCGAAAUCUCUUGGAUCUCAACAGGAUGCAUGUGGCGAAGUGGUGGCUUCUUACAACACAAUGCUUCAGGCAUGUGAGAAUAUUUGUAAGGCCUGGCUGGAUUCGCUGCCUUCAGAAGCUUUGAAGCUAGCCCCAAAGGUUGAAAAGAAGAAGGAAAUUGAAGAGGGAGAUGACUACGUCAAGCCAGAGGUGCCAGAUGCAGUUGAGCAAAAUCAUCAGCAUUUUCUUCAGUUGGUAAAGAAUGCAGAGCCACAGAUUCGGCUUUGCAACGGUGACUUGGAGCUGAUUUCCCUUGUGAUGUUGGAGUUCUACCAGCACUUGCUGUCAUCUGCCUCAUCACCUGCAUGGCUGGUGGCGUUUGAAUCAGAAUGCAAGUCUCUGUGGUCAGUGCAGGAUGUAUUUCAAAAGUCUUUGGUCAGAAUCUCAACCGAUGUCCUUAGCUACAUUAGCCAGAAAGAACGCACCGCUGCCAGAAACCAGGAGAGGAAGCGCAAGGAGGAUGAGAGCCGAGCUGCAAAGACGCAAAGAGCACAAGCCAAGGCACAUGCAGCAAUGGUCAAGCAAGCAAAAGCACAUGGACAUGCAGUUUUUGGAGUUGAUGAUAAAUUGUUUCAAUCCUUUGCAGACCGAUCGCCAUGGGUGUGGAAAAGUUGCGAGAGCUGCAAGUCGUGGCGCAAUCAUCCCAAUGUCUCUUUGCGGUUGUCUGAAUUUGGUGGGAGCUACAAGCAGGCUGCUUCUUUUAAAGCAGAUGGGCGCAGCCAGGCUCCAAUUCUUCGAAACCAAGGAAAGCAGGAAUCAGAUAUUCUGUGGUCGUCGGUGUUUCCAUCCAAAAGCAUUUUGGACAUCACCAAGAUUCCAGAAGGAACUUCUUUCAUGCAGAAUUGCUGGUGGUUUGGGUAUGAUCCCAAGAAUUCUUGGGCCCACUUUGCUCCAAAUGGAGCUGGGAUGAUUCGGUGCAUUGCGUCUGGCCAGAUGCGUAUCAUUUGCUUCCCGGUGGCAGAUGUUCAGGAAACUAUGCGUGCUAAGGGCAUGACGGUGAACUUGGACGAGCUGACCCAGUUUGUGUUGUCCCUCACCAAGGAGGAUCCAUUGGUUGGCAAGGGAUAUGCUGUGAACGUUUCCCAGGAUGAUGUCGUUUACAUACCGCCAGGGAUGAUACUAUGUGAAAAGAGUUCUUCUUCGGCUCUUCUUUAUGGUGGCCGCAAAUCCUAUAUCUUGAAAAAUGAAGACUGCAUGCAAUCCUACCAAGGUUGCAUUGACAUGCUGAAAGCGUCCAGCCGUGAUCCUAGCAAAAUGGAAUCAGUAGUUGAGCUGUACAAAACUGUGACGUCCAUGCCUCCUCCCCCAGUUCCUCAAAAGGCACAAGCGGAAAAAGUGUUGGAGCCGGGAGACUUGAAUUCAAAGAAGGUGACCGAGGAUCGAGGUGACGGCAAUGAUGCACUUCGGUUGGCUCGAUUCAAGUCUUUAGUGGCUGGUGGCCUUCAUGUUUAUUCAGAUUAUUCUGGUAUGGCUGGCGAGUUUGAAGCUCUUUUCCAGCUGGGUGAAGCUUUGGCCUCCAGAGUUGAAUUCGCCGUCAGCCAUCGACGUUUCUGUGAUAUCAGCAAACUGGCGCAAGGAAUUUUGAAAGAAAUUUCCUCAAUGGAAUUCAAUGAGCCUUGCGUGAUGAGUGACAUAAAUAGCCGCUUGCCAGAGCAUGCCUUGAGGUGGUUGAAUGCUGCAGAGCCAGCUGGAGAAGACAGCGCUGAAGCUGCUGCAAGCAGCUAUGGCUCCAUGGACAUGUAUUUGAAGCAGAACAGAAAGUCAAUCUUUGCAGAUGCAACGCAUGAUUGGUGCAUUGUGCAUAAUCGCCGUUGCGAACUUUUCCCUCAAGUUUGCGGUCUCUAUGAUGAUGAAUGUGAUGAUGGUUUCAAGCAGCCUCUGGUCAUCAACUUCGCCGGAACAACCUGUAAAGGUUGGUCUGCGGUGGGAAAAGGUCGAUGCUUCAGCGAUCCAUCAGAAAGGCCACACAGCAUUUGGACCAAUGAAAGGGGAUUCCGCGCAUCAGAGACGGUGCAGUCGCAAGAAACCAUGUUUUUUUCGGAAUGCACACCAAGAUAUCCGGUGAAGGUGCGGUGCAGUUUCAAAGUUCAAAGUUCAGACUUCAGACUUCAGACUUCAGACGUUGUUGACUUGACAGUUGAGUUGAGUUGA